AUGGGUUAUGAUGCAAGUAAAGCACAUAACAUUCCUUCUUUAAAUCAUGGUAAAGAAUAUGAGCCCAUUGCAAAAGAAAAGUAUAUAUCUUUAAUGAAGUGCAAUCACAAGGAAUUCACAUUCUCAGAAAGUGGGCUAUUUGUUGAUCCAUCAAGACCUUACUUGGGGGCAUCUCCAGAUUUACUAGUCCAUUGCAGUUGUUGUGGAAUGGGAUUAUCAGAAAUGAAAAGUCCUUUUUCUAUUGUUAAUGAGAUAACGUCUGCAAAAAAUCUCCCCUACCUUGUGGAACAUGACAAUGUCACAAUGCUUAGAAAAGAGCAUGCAUAUUAUGCUCAAAUACAAGGGCAACUAGCUUUGGCCAGGAGAACGUACUGUGAUUUUUUCGUUUUCACCUGUGUUGGUUACUUUAUGCAACGAAUUUAUUUUGAUGAGAGUUAUUGGCAUAAGUUAGUUAACAACUUAGAAUUUUUUUUCAAGAAUUAUGUUGCAUCAGAACUUUUGUCACACUAG